AUGGCUCCCGUCGCCCAGAGCGAUAUUGAAAGGGAGAGCCAUACUUCCGAUAUGGCCAGCCAGGACUCUCCACUGCGCCGACAGUUCUCCGAGCCAAUUCAUGCUCGCUCUACAUCUACUCAAGCCUCACCAUCCCCGUCUCCCAUGACGCACAAAUCUAAAUGUGCCUGGUGUGGCGAGUAUUUCGAAUCGUCGGGCGAAGAUUCUUCUUCUCAGAAAGAGGCUCUAAAAGAACACAUCGCUACGGUUCAUCCGCAUAUUGCAAAGUUUUCGACCUAUGACAGGGCUGCAGAUGGAGAUGACCAGAGUGCCGCCGACUUCCAUGACGAUGAGCAUCACUUGGACGAUGAUGACGAUGGGGAUUCUGAGGGUGCAUCUGAUGAUGAAGUUAACCAUACUGCUCACGGAGAAGAUGAUGGCGAUGUCGAAGCUGCCGAAGAUGGUGCGGCUGAAAUCGCAGAAUCCACCUCGGCGGACGAGGACAACGACCGUGACGAAAUUGAAAAUGAUCGACAAGAGCCCGAUCUAGAGGGUGAAGGUGAAGGGCCGGAGGCGGAUUCCGAACUUGCACUUUCCAAUCAACUUCACGAAUUCUCGCGCGAACAGGACGCUGUCUCUCUGGACAAGCGCCUCCACAAUCUCUGGAACAUCCAUGACGUCCGCAAUUUCUCCGAGGAUUAUGAGGAGCUAUCAUCCGGCCUCGAUAGGACCUGGGCAAAGGUCUUCCACGACUCCAAACGCGGCAAGAAACGGGAUGCAUCUGAAUUCUCGGAUCGACCCAACCCGUAUAAGAUGACGAAGAGCACGAGGGGUGAAUUUCUUGAGAUAACCUCUUUGGAGGACUUCCUCUCUCAACUCCGUGAUCCCGAGACGCGCUCAUCUGAUGAACUCUACGCGAUCACGGAGAACGUUGCCUAUGCUUUGAAGGCAUGGCAGGAUGAAUACUUGGCCAUUGAAAAGCUCCACAAGCUUGCGACCCGCCACAAUGCCAAACCCACCACCAACCCCAGAAAGUUGGACCGACCAGCAGUUUUCGAAGACAAAAAGGAAGCCACACUGUACGGCUACAAACAUGAUCCCAAGGAAGACAAGGUCGGAUUUCAAAAUCCGUUCACACAAGGUGGCUUCAAGCCUACCAGUGCUCAAGCGAGACGGAUGGCCGCCAAAGCUGGUUCGGACCCUAAUCCCGAUGGUUGGCCGACUAUCAUCAAAUUCGGUACCCGACACAUCCCCAAGUUUCAAAACCCUCCCCGCGAGGAGUUCGUUGGGAAGGCCACGCGCAAGCGCAAGGCAGCAGAACUGGAAGCUGCCAGCAAGGCCAAUGAAACUGACGAGACCCAAGUCGAAAGCCCAGCACCCGUUGAGCAUGAGGAACCCCAGGCAAAGCGGCGUACGCGCUCCCGUCGGUCGGAUAUCAUGCCUGAAGCCCACCCAUCCACGCCUGCUCGAUCUUCUGCGCGGGGACGUGGACGUGGGCGCGGUCGGGGAGGUGCCCGCAUGGGCUCGCGUGCGACUUCUGAAGCCCCCCAACCCGCUGCUGUACCAUCUAUCCGUUCGUCUGGUCGCACCCAAGGCCGGGAGCCCACUACUCCCACGACGGCGACGCCGACACCCCGCCCUGCAACUCACCUGCCUCCCAUUGAACCAGCCCCAAGCGGUGCUCCUGCAACUACACCUGCCCCUAGCACCACUCCUGGCGUAACAGGCCAAAACGAGGCCCUGGACCCGGCAGAGAUCGCCCGACGGGAAAAGAUCGCCAACUCGAAGAACCCCAAACGGACCGAGGCCAUGCUUAAUCAUUGGGCUCGAUUCAACCGGGAGGGACGCACGCGUAACCCGAAGCGGUCCAAAGCCCAGAUUGAGGCUGACCGCGCGGCUGAGGCUGCCAGAAAGGCGGCUGAACCCCCGAAGAUGGGCAAGAAGAAGAAGACACCCAAUCCUGUCAUCAAAGGGCCAACUCGCGUUGACAUUGGCCUUGCUCCGGCACCUCAUAUGCCUCCUCCGGCGUCGUUGGCUCCGGCACCUCCAGGACCACAUCAUCAACUGGCACCAAUGCCUCCUCCUCACCGGGCGUCCCUCCCCCCGUUUGCCCAGGUGGAUCCCCGGUCUAUGGCACCAUUCCCCGGGCCUCCCGGACCUCCAAGCCAUCUACCACCUCCACAACCGUACCACACGCCAUACCCUUACAUGUCGCCGUAUGGGGCUCCGCCGCCUCCUUCUCUACCCCCACCGGGCCACCCACGCCCGGCGUAA